ACACAUGCGCCUGUUUACUCCACUGCAGAGGCAAACACGCUCCCGUUUGUCCAACCGACACAUCCACGCGUGGUCGAAAUGGGGGAGUACGACUUCACAUUUGACCUGUUUGACAACAGUUCGGACAACUUCUCUGCUGAGUCUGGGGACUUUGAGCUGGACAUAGAGGAGCCGUGUCCCCGCAGCAUCAGCAGCCACUUCAACAGGGUCUUCCUCCCCACCGUUUAUGGAAUUAUAGCCUUUCUGGGAAUCAUUGGUAAUGGAUUAGUGGUUGUUGUGAUGGGCUACCAGAAAAAAGUCAAAACCAUGACGGACAAAUACCGGCUGCACCUGUCCGUGGCCGACCUCCUGUUUGUGCUCACGCUGCCCUUCUGGGCCGUGGACGCUGCCAAAACCUGGUACUUUGGGAGUUUCCUGUGCGUGUCAGUGCAUGUGAUCUACACGGUGAACCUGUACAGCAGCGUGCUCAUCCUGGCCUUCAUCAGCCUGGACAGGUACUUUGCGGUGGUGCGGGCCACCAACAGUCAGGCCACCAGGAAGCUGCUGGCCAGCAGAGUCAUCUACGUGGGGGUAUGGCUGCCGGCCGUCGUCCUGACCGUCCCCGACCUGGUGUUCGCCAGAACUGAAGACACCAGCUCGUCCAACUUCCUCUUGAACCAGUACGAAAACACGGAGACGGCGGACUCCAGGAUCCUGUGUCAGCGCUUCUACCCCGAGGCGUCCAUCCUGGAGUGGACGGUGGCGUUCCGCUUCCAGCACAUCCUGGUGGGCUUCGUCCUGCCGGGCCUGGUCAUCCUCGUCUGCUACUGCAUCAUCAUCGCGAAGCUGUCCGAAGGCUCCAAGGGUCAGGUUCUGAAGAGGAAGGCCCUGAAGACCACGGUCAUCCUCAUCCUGUGCUUCUUCGGCUGCUGGCUGCCCUACUGCCUGGGCAUCUUCCUGGACACCCUCAUGAUGCUCAACGUGGUCCCUCCGUCCUGCCAGCUGGAGCAGGCGGUGGAGAAGUGGAUCUCCGUCACCGAGGCUCUGGCCUAUUUCCACUGCUGCUUAAACCCCAUCCUGUACGCGUUCCUGGGAGUGAAGUUUAAGAAGUCGGCCCGGAGCGCGCUGACUGUCGGCAGCAGAUCGAGUCAGAAAGUAACUCUCAUGACUAAAAAGCGAGGACCCAUUUCAUCUGUGUCCACGGAGUCGGAGUCUUCAAGUGUUUUGUCCAGUUAACGGUCCAUCCUCUCAGGACAGGCCAAAAACUAAGCUUUCAUGUCAACGAACUUACUACAUUUUGUACAGAUGCAAAAAACCAAAUAAGACUUUACACUUUGUGGUUGAUGUUUGUGGUUUACUGCCGUUCUGUCAUGUCAGGGUUUGGCUGCCGUUUGUCCUCUUUCAUGCAGAUCGUGUCCUCAGGCAGUGCCUUUACUUCCAUUCCUCCAGUUUUACAGCCGUCAUUCAUUUCUCCAGUUUUCAUCUUUCCUCUGUGUUGCUCGGUAAAAACUGGGCAUUGAAUGUCUUUUGUGUUUUCAGGGAUAGCAGCUGCUUGUGGAAACUGUACAUAGUUUUGUAGCAUUUGUGUGUUCGCACUUAAAUUGUGUGAUUAUCUGAAAGCUAUUAUUUAUUGCUGUCACUCACACUGGAAGUUUUGUAAAAUAAACUGCAUGCUGCUUUUUAUUACUGUUUUUACGUUGUGUUUUUUAAGUAAAAAUAAAAAAGUCAUUGAGACUCAUAAGGA